UAAAAAUUUACAUUAAGCGAUACUGUUAUCUUUAAGUCUUUUAAAAAAUAUGAUUAUAUUACGGCGAUGAAUCAUUUGGAAGAUUUGAUGAGAAUAUUGUGAUAUUUAUACAAAUAAUAGUCUUUUUUUAGAACACAAUUUGACUUACAGUAUCUUUAGAUGUAUGUACUGUUUGAUACUAUGUUGCAACAUAAGUUGUAUAAAAUUCAUACUGUGUGAUUUAAAACCAACUUUACAGUUUUCAACCUCAAUACUUCAUAAUACAGAUUUUAAAACUAUGUCUGGAGGUGAUGAAAUUUGCCUUAAUGUUGAUUAUAAUGAGAUUCUAAAAGCUCAAAAUGAUAGUAGUGUUUUAAUCAUCGAUGUCAGGGAAAAGGAAGAAAUUGAUGAAACUGGGAAGCUACCUGGAAGUAUUCAUAUACCAAUGGGAGAUGUUGCAAAUACAUUGUUAAGCCUUUCUGAGAAAGAUUUUAAGGAAAGAUUUAAUAAAGAAAAACCUUCCAAAAAUACAAAGAUCAUAUUAAGUUGUAGAUCUGGGAAGAGAAGUGGCAUGGUUCAAGAAGAAAUUCGAAAGCUUGGAUAUGAAAACGCAUACAAUUAUGUUGGAGGAUGGCUAGACUGGGAAAGCAAUCAUAAAGUAUAAGCUAUUAUUAUAAUUAUUUUUACAUGAGUAGAUAUAUUUAUUUAUAAAUAUUAGUAAACACUUAUAUAAAAUUUCCUAACUUA